CCCCAGUUAGAUGCAGGUGGCAUCUGCUCCCCUCCCCCAUUUCCUGUUGCCUCCCCAGAGCUGGGAAUGAGUCGCAGGCGUCCCCCUCACUGGUGUGAGUCAGGGUGUCUGCACUCUCCUGGGUUCUGUCCCAGCUUUGGGAGGUGAGUGAGGUCUAGUGGUUGGAUCCGGAGGAGGGAGGCCGUCCUUAAGCACAUGGUGCAUAUGUGGCUGUAUAAGGCACCUGAAAAUUUGUGGCACCACCAGGACAGCAGUGCAGCACCCAGAGGUGGCCCCAGGAGCCCUGCCGAGGCCCCCCCAGUGCCGAGCAGAGCAGGCAAUGAUCUCCUGCCUCUUACCUGGAGAAGAGCUCUGUGCAGCUGGAAAGUUCCUUCCUCCAACAGAAUUUGAUGGGAUAAGAGAUUAUGGAAGGUCCCAUUGAAAUUGUUCCUAAAGCCAGACCUGCUGGUAGUUCUCUGUCCACAUGGAAGGGAAGGCCGGCCGUGCAGGCGUCUGCAGAGUUUGAAUGGCUCCGUGUACAUGGCACCAUCCCUCGAGCGUGGAGAUUUGGGGGCCCUUCGCUCCAUAAUGCCCUGCAGCUUAGCAGAGUCGCCGAGGACGCUCUGUAACUCUCCGUCCCCGUCGCUGCCUUUCUCAGCACCUGCGCCGCUUUCAGUCCUACCGUUCCACCUGCUUUCCGGCGUUGGGCCCACUGCUCCCUGCCUCUCAGUCGACAGCCUCUGAGGCCUGGAGGGGCAAAGCUAGGCCAGCAGAACUCUCAGCAUCCUUUGCCUCUGUGUAGGAUUGCCCUCCUCCAGGAAGCUGUGAUGAAGCCUGGCCUCUUUGCCUCGCCCAUGGGUGUCCCCACCCCUCGAGGAGUCCCUUGCUAUUUAAGCCCCUCAGGCUCCACUGCUGAGCCAGCCAGGUGCUUCCGGCAGAUCAAUGGACGGACAGACAGAUGCGCGCUGAGGCCUAGCGAGAGAAACAAGAAGGCGCAGAGAGCAGACCAUGGAGGCCAUGGCAACGAGGAGGCUGCUGCUGCUCUGGACCGGGCUGGUGCUGCUAGGGGACCCCAGCACGGCCGCCCACAUGGGCCGGGAGUUCAUCACGGCCUUCAUGGAGAAUUACCAGAUCAGCUACUCUAAGGCUGACUUCCAGCUCUUUGUUUCUGGCUACGCACCCUCCACCACCGUCACCAUUGUGGUGCGUAAGUCCCAGUUCCACUCCACGAUCCAGCUUGGCCAGGGACAAACGGUCUCGGUGAAGAUUCCAGCCAAUGCUGAGAUGUUCGGCACCACCAAGUUCUGCAACACCGUCCUGGUGCAGGCGGACAAGGAGGUCUCGGUGAUGUCGCUCAGUGCCAAGGCGCUGACGACCGACACCGGGGUGGUGUACCCGGUCCAGAGCCUGGGUGUAGAGUACUACAUCCUCACGCCAGCUGGAGACGUCCCUGGGACCUACAAAGAGUUCUCAGUCGUGGCCUGGCGGGAGACCACGACAGUGGAAAUCUACCUGAAGGGCAGUGUGAGGUUCCAAGAGCGGAUCUACCCGGCUGGCAGCAAGAUCACUAUGUCCCUGGAGCCCUACGAGGCUGUCCAAUUCCAGAGCAGCCAGGACCUCUCUGGCACCCGAGUCGCGUCCCUGAAACCGGUGGCAGUGCAGAGCGGGCACAGCUGUGCCCAGAGGAACACCAAGUGCAACUAUGUGGCUGAGCAACUGCUGCCUGUCUCUGGGUGGGGCACAGCUUUCUUUGUGCCACCGAUGCCCUUCCAGGCCAGCGACGAUCUGGUGUACCUGGUGGCCUCCCAAGCCACACAGCUCACCUACCUCUCUGGCAAGGACAAAGGUAGCCAGGCUCUGGUGUCUGGGCAGGUCCUGCAGUUGAAGGUGAGUCUGGCCAGCCCACUGUACAUCUCCGCCAGCGUCGGCAUUCAAGUCUUCUUCUUCUGCACCGGCGGAGCCCAGGGCACCGUGAGGUAUGACCCCUUCUUGGUCAGCAUCCCAGACGUCUCCAGCUACUGCGCCUCCUACUCCGUCUUCACCCAGCAGGGCUUCGAAAACUACGUGGUCCUUGUGGCCAAGAGCACGCUGAUGGCUGGCAUCACCAUGGACGGGCAGCCCCUGCGAGGGGCGCGCUGGAGACCGAUCCCCGGCACCGAGUAUUCCUGGGGAGAGCUCGGCCUGGGCGUCAGGGCCAGCGCCCGCUCGCUGGAGCAUCCCAGCGACACCUUUGGGCUGCUGAGCGUCGGCCUCACUCAGCAGGAUGGCUAUGGCACGGCUGCUCUUUGCCAGAGCGCCUCCCCGGUGCCCUCCUGCAGCUCUGUGCAGUGCCGGAAGAAGGAGACCUGCCAGAUUACCAAUGGCAGACCCCUGUGCGUGGCCACUUCUGUGGCGACUUGCUGGGCACUGGGUGAUCCCCACUACCGCACCUUUGAUGGGCGCCACUACGACUUCAUGGGCACCUGCACCUACACCCUGGCCAAGACCCUCAGCUCGGAUACCACUCUCCCAGCCUUCCACGUCAUGGCUAAGAAUGAGAACCGGGGCAACCAGCGAGUCGCCUAUGUGGGCUUUGUGACUGUGCAAGUCUACGGCUACACCCUCUCCGUGGUCAGGAACGAAUACGGGCUUGUGAGGGUGAAUGCCCAGCGGUCCCGCCUCCCCAUCUCCUUGAUGGAGGGGAAACUGAGGCUGUAUCAGAGCGGGGCCUCUGUGGUCAUCCAGACCGACUUCUCCCUGAGUGUCUCCUACGACUGGGGCAGCUCCCUGGUGGUGAAGCUCUCCAGCAGUUUCUGGGAGAGCGUGAGCGGCCUCUGUGGCAACUACAACGGGGACCCUGGGGACGACUUUGCCACCCCAGCUGGGACGCUGGCUGCCAGCCCUGUGGAGUUCGGGAGGAGCUGGAAGGUGGAGGACGGGGACAGGUUCUGCUGGGACGACUGCCAUGGGCAGUGCAAGAGCUGUUCCCCGGAGCAGGUCGGCAGGUACAAAGCGGAGCCCUUCUGUGGCUGGAUCACCAAAGGGGCGGGCGGCCCCUUCAGCCGAUGCCACUCCAUGAUCGACCCCAAAAUCUACCUGGACAACUGUGUCUAUGACCUGUGCAUGAACGACGGGCGGAAGGAGAUGCUGUGCCAGGCGCUGGCGAGCUAUGCUGAUGCCUGCCGGGCCGAGGGCGCGGCCGUCUCUGACUGGAGGAGCCUCACAGGAUGCACUCUGCCCUGCCCGGAGAACAGCCAGUACCAGCUCUGCGGCUCUGCCUGUCCUGCCACCUGCAAUGACCGACGCGUGGAGACCUGCCAGUGCCACGAGGGUUUUGUUUUGGAUGCCGGGAGGUGCAUCCUCCAGACCAGAUGCGGGUGUGAGUUUGAGGGCCGCCUCUACGCGCCCGGGGAGCAGUUCUGGGGAGAUGGUGCCUGCACGAGACGCUGUGUCUGUGACCCGCAAACCAGGAGGGCAAGCUGCCACGUCGCAGGGUGCCGGGCCGGGGAGCAGUGCCAGGUGCAGAACGGCAUCCAGGACUGCUACCCCACAAGCUAUGGAACCUGCUCAGCUUCGGGGGACCCCCACUACAUCAGCUUUGAUGGGAAGAAGUUUGACUUCCAGGGCACCUGCCUGUAUCAGUUCGCUGGGCUGUGCAACAAAAGCCAGGACCUGGUGGAUUUCCAGGUCCUUGUUCAGAACGACCAUCGGGGAAGCCGCGUCGUGUCCUUCACCAAAGUCGUGCAAGUCAAAAUCUAUGAGGUCGACAUUGUGAUCAGAAGGGAAAACCCCGGCAGAGUCCUGGUGAAUGGCGUGCUGACCAACCUACCGUACAGCCACAACAGCAGCAAGAUCUCCAUGUACCGGAGGGGGCAGGAAGCAGUGAUCCAGAGCGACUUCGGUCUCACCGUCACCUUUGACUGGCAGAGCCGGAUCACCGUCUCUGCGCCAAGCAGCUACGCCGGCGCCCUGUGCGGACUCUGCGGGAACUUGAAUGGGGACAAGGGAGAUGACUUGACCAUGAGGGGUGGCAGGUUGGCCCCAAACCCAACGGCCUUUGGGCAGAGCUGGAAGGUGGCAGAUAUCCCAGGCUGUGUGGAGGUUGCCAAGGACGAGUGCUCAGAUCUAGCAGCUGUGGAGAGACGCCAACGAGGAGUAAGUCAGGAGUGCGGGCUCCUCCUAGACAAGAGCGGCCCCUUCCGAGAGUGUCACAGCAAAGUCGACCCGCAGGGCUACUUCCAAGACUGCGUGUACGACUAUUGCUUCUUCCAAGGCCGACAAGCUGUGACAUGCCAGCUUCUCACCAGCUACGCCGCAGCCUGCCAGGCCGCCGGGGCGGCUGUCUCUGCCUGGAGGAACAGCUCCUUCUGCAGUAAGUGCGAGCAGCUUGGCACCGCCUGCAGGGCUGAAGGCAGGCGCCAUGCAGCCGGGCCGCCGGGGCGGCUGUCUCUGCCUGGAGGAACAGCUCCUUCUGCAGGGGUCUCCCACAACCUGCCUGUGGUUGUGGCUGAGGGGCAGCUCCAAGCAUAUCAGCACGGCGGGAACGUGCUGGUGCAAACGGACUUCGGCCUCACCGUGAGCUACGACCUGGUUUACCAGGCCAGAGUCACCGUCCCAGGGAACUACCAGGGGCAGACGUGUGGCUUGUGUGGGAACUACAAUGGGCGCCAGGACGAUGAAUUUCUGCUCCCUGACAGCAAUCUGGCCCCCAACAUGGCAGCGUUCGGGUCGGCCUGGAAAGUCCCGGUCCCGGGGGCGGCCUGCGAGGACGGAUGGAGCGGGAACAGCUGCCCGGUUUGUGAGGAGAGGAAGAAGGACGUCUUCAAACAGCGCCACUACUGCGGGGUGCUCACGGCCCCUGACGGCCCCUUCGCCGCCUGCCAUGGCACGGUCAGCCCCAGCGUGUAUUUCAACAACUGCCUCUAUGACGUGUGCCUGGCCAACGGGGACUCCCCGGUCCUGUGCCAGAGCAUCCACAGCUACGUGACGGCCUGCCAGGAGGCUGGGGCCUCCAUCCAGCCCUGGAGGAGCGCCUCCUUCUGCCCUCUGAACUGCCCGGCCAACAGCCACUACGAGGUGUGUGCCGACCUCUGCUCGGCCACCUGCGCUGGGGUCGCCGGCGCUGCCCCGUGCUCGGAGACCUGCGCCGAAGGCUGCCAGUGCGACGCCGGCUUCCUCUUCGACGGCCAGGGCUGCGUGGCUGUGGACAGCUGUGGCUGCUUCGAGAAGGGGAGAUACUACAAGCCCCACGAGACGGUCCUGGCAAACGCCUGCCAGCAAAGUUGCAGCUGCAGCCCGGCCCGAGGCCUGAGCUGUGAGUCCCAUGGCUGUGCCCGGGAUGAAACCUGCCAGGUCAAAGACGGGGUCAUGGGCUGCAUCAACAGAGACCCCUGCAAAUCCCUGCAAUGCCGGGCCAAGGAGACGUGUAAGAUCGAGAACGGCCAGGCCACGUGCGUCCCCAACUACAAGCAGACCUGCUGGGGCUGGGGGGACCCGCACUAUCACACCUUCGACGGGCUGAACUUCGACUUCCAGGGCACCUGCACCUACACUCUGGCCACGUACUGCGGGAGCGACCCCUCCCUGGUGCCCUUCACCAUCAACGAGAAGAACGACAACCGGGGGGGCAACCAGGCUGUGUCCUAUGUGCGUCUGACCAACAUCUACGUCUAUGGGUACAACAUCUCCAUCCACAAGGGAGAGGUUGGCAAAGUCCGGCUGAACGGCGUUGCCACCAGCCUGCCGCUGACCCUGGCCGAGGGCAGUCUGCGGCUGUUCCAGAGCGGCCUGAGCGCCGUGCUGCAGACAGCCUUCGGCCUGGCCGUCUCCUUCGACUGGAACUGGCUGCUGCAGGUGACCCUGCCCAGCAGCUACGACGGCGCCACCUGUGGCCUUUGUGGGAAUUACAACCAGAACCCGGCAGAUGACAUGGCCACGCCGGCCGGCGCCCGGCCCAGAUCAGUGGUGGAGUGGGCCUCCAGCUGGCAGGUGAGGGACCGCGACCCCUUCUGUUGGCACGUCUGCCAGGGGAAAUGCCCCACUUGUGAGGAGGAGCAGCGGCAGCGCUACCAGCGGGACGAGGCCUGCGGGCUGAUAGCCAAGGCGGACGGCCCCUUCCGCGAGUGCCACCGCAAGCUCAGCCCGGACGGCUUCUUCGACAGCUGCGUCUACGACGUCUGCCUCAACGGGGGGGCCAGGAGCAUGCUGUGCCAGGCGCUGGGUGCCUACGCCGCCAGCUGCCGCAAGGAGGGGGUCGUGCUCCGCGACUGGAGGACGCCGUCUGGCUGCACCCUGCCCUGCCCUGACAACAGCCACUACGAGGCCUGUGGGGAUGCCUGCCCGGCCAGCUGCUCCGACCGAACUGCCAACACCUCUUGCCGGGAGCCCUGCGUGGAGACCUGCCAGUGUAACGCCGGUUACGUCCUCAGCGCCGGGCAGUGCGUCCCCGUGGGGAGCUGUGGCUGGGACUACAACGGCCGCUACUACCAGCCCAGCGAGGAGUUCUGGGCCGAUGAGAACUGCCGCUCUCGGUGCAGGUGUGACCCCAGCCUGGGCAUGGUGCUUUGCCAGGAGACCAGCUGCAAGGCCAGUGAGAGAUGCGCCGUGGUCAAUGGGGUCCGGGGCUGCCAGCCAAUCAGCUACUCCACCUGCACGGCCUCCGGGGACCGUCACUACACCACCUUCGCUGGGCUGAGAUAUGACUUCCAGGGCACCUGCAUCUACCAGCUGGUGGGGGUCUGCUCCAAGGACCCCACGCUCACCCCGUUUAAUGUCACAAUCCAAAACAACCGCGGCAGCAGGGCUGUGUCCUUUACCAGGGAGGUGACCCUGGAGCUGUACGGCAGAACCAUCACCAUCAGCCAACAGCAUCCCCAGAGGAUCCAGGUGGACGGAGUCUUUGUGGAUCUGCCUUUCUACCAUGAGGAGAAGCUUCAGGCCUAUGUCAGCGGAGCUCACGUCCUCAUCAAGACCGCCUUCGACCUGAGGGUGACCUUUGACUGGAACAGCCUGGUCCGGGUCACCGUGCCCAGCACCUAUGCCAACGCCCUCUGCGGCCUGUGCGGCAACGGCAACCCGAGCCCUGGCCAAGAUCUGACGAUGAGGGACGGGAGCCGGGCCACCGACACCGUCCGUUUCGCAGAGAGCUGGCAGGUGGGGGAGGUCCCAGGCUGCUCGGCUAGCUGCACCGGGGACUGCUCAGUCUGCAGCGAGGCUCAGAGACAAACCUACAGGGGAGAGCAGUACUGCGGGGUCCUUGCCAGAGGGGAUGGGCCGUUCAGUCAGUGCCAUGGGGCUGUCGACCCCGCCCCCGCCCCCUUCCUCCUCAACUGUCUGUCUGACACCUGCCAGUACAAGGGGCAUCACUCAGCUCUGUGCAGCGCGGUCGGUGCCUACGUGGCGGCCUGCCAGGCCCGGGGAGUCCCGCUGGGGCCGUGGAGAUCGGCCUCCUUCUGCAGCCCCACCUGCCCCCGCAACUCUCACUACGAGCUCUGUGGGAGCGGCUGCCCUGCCACCUGCCACGGCCUCUCAGCGCCAGAUGGCUGUGACGCCCCCUGUGCCGAAGGGUGUUUCUGUGACGCUGGAUUCCUCCUGAGUGGAGACCGGUGUGUCCCCGUCGCGCAGUGCGGCUGCAUGCACCAUGGCAGGUACUACCGGAGGGGAGAGGAGUUCUACCCCAGCACCUCCUGCCAGGAGCGGUGCCGGUGUCAAGACAACGGGGCCGUCGAGUGCCGGGAGGCCUCGUGCAGAGCCAGCGAGCAGUGCAGGGUGGAGAACGGAGUCCUGGGCUGCCACGCCAAGGGCUGCGGCAAAUGUGUCAUGGCCGGCGAUUCCCACUACCUGACCUUGGACGGACGGUCCCUCGACUUCCAGGGCUCCUGCUCUUACACCCUAACCAAGGUCUGCAGCAGCAGCCUCCCGCUGGCAAACUUCUCCGUGGUGGUGGAGAAGGAGAGCUCUGGCGAGGGCCGCGUGGCUCAGCUGAGGACAGUGCUGGUCUCCAUCCAUGGCUACUCUGUCUCCCUAGAGAGGGGGAGGAAGUGGACAGUCGUGGUGAACGGGGAGCUCUACACUCUGCCGCUGGCCCUUGACAGCGGGAGAAUCCAGGUGAACCAGGAGGGGAAGAAUGUCGUCAUCCAGACCGAAGUGGGCCUCAAAGUCCUUUACGACGCCUCCUCCUAUGUCCUAGUCUCCGUCCCCAGCUCCUACCAGGGACACGUGUGCGGCUUGUGUGGCAACUUCAAUGGCGACAAGAACGACGACUUCCUGCUGCCCAGUGGGAAGAGCGCCCAGAACGCGGAUGAGUUUGGGGCUGCCUGGAAGGUGCCCGUUGAGGGCGUCACGUGCUCCCAUGGUUGUGGGGACAGGUGCCCCAUCUGCGAUGCAGCAAAGAUGGUGCCGUACCAGGCUGAGAGCUCCUGUGGGUUGAUCAAAGCUCCAGCCGGUCCCUUUAAAGACUGUCACUCGCUCGUCAGCCCUGCCGAAUAUUUCAGCCAUUGCCUCUAUGACAUGUGUGCGGCCAACGGAGCCAGGGAAAUCCUCUGCCAGAGCCUGCAGGCCUACGUGGCCGCAUGCCAGGCAGCUGGAGGCACAGUCAGAGCCUGGAGAACGGCCUCUUUCUGCCCCCUGGCCUGCCCGGCCAACAGCCACUACGAGCUGUGCACCAGGUCCUGCGAUUUCACCUGCGCCGGCUUGUCCGCCCCUGCCCAGUGCACCGGGAAGUGCUUUGAGGGCUGCCAGUGUGAUGUGGGCUCUGCGGCCGACGGGGAGGCAUGUGUGUCCAUGGAUAGAUGCGGCUGCAUGCGCGACGGGCGCUACCUCAAGGCUGGGGAGAGUGUGGUCUCCAGUGACUGCUCUGAGAAGUGCACCUGCCGGGCUGCGGGCGGGCUGGCCUGCGAGCCACACAGCUGCCCCGCCGGAGAGGCCUGCGCGCUGCAGAACGGGGUGCGCGGCUGCGUGAAGCGGGAAGGCCGGUGCACUCUGCUCCCCGGAGCCCAGCUCACCUCCUUUGACGGCACCUCGGGGAAGGUCCUCGCCGGCGGGGUCUACGAGGCGGCUUCACUCUGCGACGGCAGUGCCCCCUCCUGGUUCAGGGUGGUGGUGGAGGUCCAGCAGUGCGGCAGCGGGGGAGCGGUAGCUGGUGCUGCCAUCUACGUCUUCUUCCAGGAGGCUCUUGUCGUUGUGAGGAGGAACAAGGAGACGUGGGUGAACGGGCGCUCGGUGCAGCUCCCAGCAAAGGUCUCCGACGUGGUGUCUGUGAGCGAGUCUCAGGGCGGUGUGGCCGUGGUCCAGGCCUCGGGGGUGCAGGUUCUGUUCAGCCCCGGCGGGCAGGUGACAGUGCGGGUCGGCGAGAGCCUGGCUAACAAGCUGUGCGCAUCCUGCGGGAACUUCAACGACGACGUCUCUGACGACCUGCGGCUGCCCAGCGGCGGAAGUAUCAAUGACAGGCCUUUCAGGGAGAGGUCCCGAAGACUGGCACCUGCAGACAUUGAGGAUGUGAGAAAGCAUAUCCAAGAACUAUUGGAAGCAGGAAUAAUUUCUGAAUCCCGUAGCCCCUAUGCAUCCCCCAUUGUGGUGGUGCGGAAGAAAAAUGGGACUGUGCGCAUGUGUGUGGACUAUCGCACACUGAAUAAAAGGACCAUCCCAGAUCAAUACACUGUACCUAGGGUAGAUGAUGCCUUAGCUUGCCUAGCAGGAAGCAGAUGGUUCUCUGUCUUAGAUUUACGAAGCGGCUACUACCAGAUCCCGAUGAGCUCUGAAGACAAAGAGAAAACAGCUUUCAUUUGUCCCUUGGGAUUCUACCAGUUUGAGAGGAUGCCCCAAGGUAUCUCAGGAGCUCCUGCUACAUUCCAGCGUUUGAUGGAGAAGACAGUGGGGGAUAUGAAUUUGUUAGAAGUGCUGGUGUAUUUGGAUGACUUAAUUGUUUUUGGGAAAACUCUGGAAGAGCAUGAAGCUCGACUAAUGAAAGUGUUAGACCGCCUGGACGCUAGUGGGUUGAAACUGUCACUUGAUAAAUGUCAAUUUUGUCAGACCCGAGUAAAAUAUGUAGGCCAUAUUGUGUCAGCAGAAGGUGUGGCGACUGAUCCCGAGAAGAUUGAGGCAUUAACCACCUGGCCUGUACCCAAAGACCUGAAAGCUUUACAAUCUUUCCUAGGCUUCUGUGGAUAUUACCGCCGAUUUGUAAAAAAUUACUCCUCCAUUGUGAGACCGCUCACCAAUUUGACAAGGGGAUACCCCCCAACGUGGAAGAGAUCACCCCAACAUAAGCUUGCAAGUCCUAAUGAGAGGUAUUUCAAGGUGAAUGAACCAUUUGGAGACCGUUGGACUGAGGAAUGCAACAGCGCUUUCCAUGCCCUUAUUGAGAAACUCACCACUGCACCAGUGUUAACCUUUGCAGACCCUACCAAGCCCUAUGAACUACACGUAGAUGCCAGUCUUGAUGGAUUAGGAGCAGUUCUCUAUCAGAAUUAUGAGAAUAAAUGGAAACCUGUGGCGUUUGUCAGUCGAGGGUUGACUGCCUCUGAAAGACACUAUCCCGUGCACAAACUUGAGUUUUUAGCUCUCAAAUGGGCUGUUGUGGACAAACUUCAUGAUUAUCUAUACGGAGCGACCUUUGUAGUAAAAACAGAUAAUAACCCACUUACUUAUGUGCAGACCACGGCUAAACUAGAUGCUACUGGUCAGCGAUGGAUGGCUGCCUUGGCUGCUUAUGACUUUAAGCUGCAGUACCGUUCGGGUCAAACCAAUGCAGACGCAGAUGCAUUGUCCCGUCGCCCUCAUAACCCACUCGAGGAAGAGUCUGAGUGGAUGGAGAUACCAUCUCCUGCUAUUCGUGCCACCUGCAAGGCUGUAAUAGGAAAAGUGCAGUCCCCUUAUGUAAAUGAGGAAAGAUAUGCUGACACACUGGGGUUGUCUGAGAAGGCUAUACCUACCAUUUAUGCAAACCUCGUUGGGCUAAAGACUUUUGAAUUGCCCCAGUUAACUCCGACUGAAUUGAGAAGAGCUCAGUGGAAAGAUUCAAAUAUUGGACCUGUGCUGGAAGCUGUAGAAAAGGGUGAAAAACCCAUCUCUAAGGCUAACUUUUCCCCCGGCACAAUUCUUCUCUUAAAAGAGUGGGAUCGUUUAGUGAUUAACAAAGGUUUGUUAUUCCGGACCACCCAGACUGUAAGGGGCCAUGUGCGGAAACAACUGGUCUUACCCCAAGAAUACCAGGAGAUGGUGUUGAAGUCUCUGCACGAUGAUCAUGGUCACUUGGGGGUAGAUAAGACUUUGGAACUGGUCAGAGAUCGGUUUUAA